UAAAUGCGCUCAUUAAAAUUCAUAUACAGGUUAUUUUGAAGUAAACUUUUAGAACAUAUAUUCAUCUUAUAAGGAGAAAUAUUGAAGCAGCAAACACUGAAGAGAUACAAGACCAUGAAGCCUAACGUUUGGAACAUUAAGGACAUUUUGAACGUCCCAGUGGCCUCUGUAGGGCCAAAAUCAGUUAAGAAUUGUACCACCAGUGACUAUUCAAGCCUGACAGAUUCACAGUACCUGUCUGGAUCUCAGUUCUGGCUGGAGAAUUCUCAGAGUUUUUCCCAGGAGAUAAGUGGACAGUCCAAAGCUUCACAGGAAAUAAAUGAACUGAAGGUGUCAAACAACUAUCACGCCAAGCCUUUCCUGUUUGGAGACAGCAAAGCAACAAACAUCCCUGCUGGCAAACACAAUGGUAUAUUAGAUAGAUUUGAAGAGGAAAAGAGAAAAGCCAAAGAGAAUGAAAUGCUCAACGGAAUCCGACAGCUGCAUGAAAGUCUGGAACAUAUCAAGAGAACUUUUUUAAGCUGCAUUGAUGGAAGUUGUGAUGUAACCAGAAAUGCUAUAGCUGAAGAAAUGACAGGCUUUAGAAAAACAAUUCAGGAGAGUUUUGCUACCAUCAAGGAGAGCAUAGCAGGUCUAACUGAACUUCUGAUGAGUCUGCAAAGCCAGACUCAUUUAAAGAUGAAGGACACCGAGGCUAAGACCACAUUGGUUUUGAAGGACUUGAGCUCUCUCAUGCUUAGUCUUCAGAAAGAUAUGGAAUCACUGAAAGUAGACCAGAGCAAGGACCAGAGUACACUUGGAGAGAUAUUGUCUUUACUCAGCACACUUAUGGCCUCUUACUCCACUGUCACGCAUCUCAACCCUGUUAAAAUGACUGACAGCACUGUCCAGACAUCCCCCAGUCUGGUGGCACAGGUCUGUGUGGCUUCAGAGGAAAGGUAUUAUGAGGGCAUGAGGCUUUCCAAUCAGGCUGUUACUCAUUCCAAAGACAAAAUGGACCAGAGUAUGUGCUCUGUUAAAACAAGAUCUCCAGAGAAACAUGGAACAGCUGCAUCUAUCCAGGGCAUAGGCACUCUCGCUGUUGAGAAGCAACAACAGGCAUUUGGCCAUACAGGAACUGGGAGGUCUGAGUUCAGUGCUUGGCAGAAAUCCUAUAGCACACGCUCAGUUCCAAGCAGCGCUGCAAGCCCAGUGGCUACUACCACUGCUGCUACACUUAAACAGGAUCCUAAAAGGUAUUAUGUAGUUGGAGCCCCUGUGCAAAUAGAACCAUUGAAUGAUACAAAUGAGAACGAUUCAACAACCUGGACUGAGAUACCCAGACAAAAAAAGGUGUCCAAGAGAGGACAAAAAUGUCAGACCUUCAGAAGAAAAAAGAGAGCUCUGAUUUUACCUCUGAGACGCUCUAAUCCCAGAAUGGCUUUAGAUAAUGUAUUUGAGAAGGGUCAGUAUGAUGGGGACCAAGAAAACAGAGUGCCUCUAUCAGCCAUCAAUGCCUACUGUAAAACACAAAAAUCUCUCUCAAGUCACCAGCCACUGCUGCAGCAGCAAAACACAACUGGUCACACAAAUAAGGGGGAACAUGGACCACCCCUGAAUCCUUGGUCAUGGUCCCAGAGCAGCAACAGCUCUCAGAUGAUUAUGGAAUACCAGCAAGCUGAAUGGGAGACUGGAAGGCCUGAGCAUAAAGAGAACACCAUAAAGAAACAAAGAGGUGGUUGGCAGCUUUUUGACUUCAUCAGUGACUCUGAUUGAUGCUUUCUGAACUAAUUGUUAUUACAAGGACCACUUGUUGUUAAAAUACAUGUUAAAAAUACUGUUUGCUUUGUUGUUUUGCAAGCCUGUUUCAGGUACAAUGGACAAUUGUCUUUUCCUCACAAUGUUGCAGCAAUUUUAGUCUUGUUAAGUGGGUUUAGUAAAUUCUGUUGGUAUAUUAAUUCAUUGAACUUUUUUUAGAUGUUUUGUGGAUUGCUGAAGACCUUAAUAUCACAUUAAGGGGAAGAAAUUUUUUUCUUUGUGUAUUGCAGUACAAACUUUACCACUAUCAGUCUCGUGUAUUUAAAGGUGCAUGAACAGUGCAUUUGUAAUGCAAUAACAGAAUACGCAUUUUCUGGUAGUUUAAAUAGUACACUUUUUUUAUUCUCAUCUAGAAUGAGUAUAUGCUUUGGUAUUCUCUGUAAUCUAUUACAAUUCCAUGCCAUUAAACAGCUGUUCUGUUUGAA